AGUUGGGAAGAGAUGUCAAUAUGGGUGAAGUUUUUUUCAAAACACAUACAAAGCCGGAUGGUUCUUAUGUUGAUGGCAAGGCAGAGAAAAUCCAUCAAGCUUAUCAGUAGAAGUUGCAAGAGAAGAUGGCUGAGCUCGAGGCAGAUUCAACUCUUUCAGGUGGUACUUCACACCGUCAAGAGCUCACCAGCGAUGAAUGUACUGCCAUCUUUCUUGAGUGCACUGAGAAGGAUUUACGAGGAACUCCUUAUGGUGUUGGAAGCCUCAAAGAUACUCUUGGCAAGGGCAAUCAACCAUCACAGACCGAAGCCUUUCUUACAUUGCAAGAGCAACUAAAGGAAGCCCAAUGUCAGAUUGAAGUUCAGGCGACUCUCAAUGCUGAAGCUGCUGCUCGAGAAAAAGAGACUCAUCUCCUUGUGGCUAAGCAAAAGAGCGAGAUUAAAGAGCUGACUUUGAUGGCAAAGUUCAUGCGCCACACUAAUCCAGCUUUCCUUGAGUUUAUAGCCUCUCAAUCAGCUGAGGAGGACAAUCUUCCAUCAACAACUCCAUGAUCAACUCCAAUAUGGUUCAUAUUGUCUCUUAACUCAUGAACUAAGCUCUUUCAUUUUGUUUGUAUGUGUUAUAAAC